AUGUCCGACGCUGAAAAGACCUUGGGGUCCGUGGAAAAAAAUGUCGACUACCUCCGUGACGACUCCCUGGAGCUCGUACCUGAGCACGAGGUCAAGAGAAACUUGAAGGCCAGACACAUCUCCAUGAUCGCCUUGGGUGGUACCAUUGGUACGGGUCUCUUCAUCUCCUCCAAGAACGCUCUCCAGGCCGGGCCUGUGUUGGCGCUUAUUUCCUACAUCUUCAUCACCACAUUGGCCUGGUCCGUCACCCAGAGCUUGGGUGAGAUGGCCACCUACAUUCCCUGCUCUGGAUCCUUCACCCAGUUCUGCACCAGGUUCUGCUCCCCAGCUUUGGGUGUGGCCAACGGCUGGAACUACUGGUUCUCCUGGGCCAUCACUUUCGCCUUGGAGGUGUCCGUCGUGGGCCAGAUUAUCCAGUUCUGGACCGACGCCGUGCCAUUGGCCGCCUGGAUCACCAUCUUCUGGGUGCUCAUCACCGCCUUCAACAUGUUCCCCGUCAAGUACUACGGUGAGCUUGAGUUCUGGAUCGCUUCUAUCAAGAUUCUUGCCGUGGUGGGCUGGCUCAUCUACGCUCUUUGCAUGGUCUGCGGUGCUGGUCAGACAGGCCCUGUGGGCUUCAGGUACUGGAGAAACCCAGGUCCUUGGGGUCUGGGUCAGGGCUUGGUCAGCAACUUGAACACUGACAGAUUCUUGGCCUGGUUGUCUUCCCUCAUCUCCGCCCUCUUCACCUUCCAGGGUGUGGAGUUGGUUGGUAUCUCCUGUGGUGAGUCGGCCAACCCAAGAAAGGCUGUUCCCUCCGCCAUCCGUAAGGUCAUCUGGCGUAUCAUCAUCUUCUACAUCUUGUCCAUGUUCUUCAUGGGUUUGUUGAUUCCUUACAACGACCCUAAGUUGGACUCUGAUGAGUACUUCGCUGCUUCUUCCCCAUUCAUUGUGGCUAUGCACAACUCAGGAACUGACAUCUUGCCCAGCAUUUUCAAUGCAGUGAUCCUUACUGCCAUCACCUCCGCUGGUAUUUCCAACGUCUACUGUGGUUCCAGAAUCUUGUACGGUUUGGCCCACGUCAAUGCUGCUCCAAAGUGGUUCAAGCUCACUACUUCAAAGGGUAUCCCUUACGUGGCUGUUCUUUUCACUGCUGCUUUUGGUGCCUUGGGUUACCUUGUUCUUGACAACAGUGGUAACGAGGUGUUUGACUGGUUGUUGAACAUCACCGCUGUGGCUGGUCUUAUCGCCUGGGUCAACAUUUCGUUCUCCCACAUCCGUUUCAUGUGGAUCCUCCACAAGAGAAAUAUCUCCAGAGAUAUCUUGCCUUUCAAGGCCUGGGGCAUGCCAUACAUUGCCUACUACGCCUUCGCUUUGGGCUUCAUUCUUGUUUUCGUCCAGGGUUACGAGAGUUUCUUUGACAUCACCGCCAGCAAGUUCUUCACCGCAUACGUCUCCGUGAUUCUUUUCUUCGCUGUGUGGAUCGCUGCUCACUUUUACUUCAACGGCUUCACCAGACACGCCUUCACUCUCCGCUCGUUGCUCAUUCCUUCUGACGAGUGUGACAUUGAGUCUGGUGUCAGAGAGAUUGACGAGAUGGUGUGGGACGAGACUCCUCCAAAGAACCUUUGGGAGAAGUUCUGGGACAUUUUGUCUUAA